AUAUAUUAGAGACGAGGGGAAGGGGAAGGGGAAGGGGAAGGGGCAACAGAGAAGAAACUUCCGGAAGGCGGGGAUAACGAUUCCCCUCUUUCUUUCGCGAUCUAAUCGUUCUUCGCCUCGCCUCUCGAAUCUGAGAUCGUUGUCAAACCUAUAGUUUAUCGUUCGUUGAUCAAUCCACUCGAUCAAACACAAUUAGAUCUUCCAUGGACAAAGAUCGUGGAUUGUGCCUUUCCAUCUUUAGCUUUAUAAGUACAAUACUUGAUGGAAAAUGUUUUGAUACAUAUUGGAAAUUGGAAGGUGAUAUGAUCUAUGUGGUUGAGAAUUAUCAACAAAUAGCUCUUAGUUUAUUCACUCGCAAAAUGAUGAAUCUCUUGAGGUUGUUCGACACGUGGGGCUUUACAAACUUUACAGAUAGAAUUUGUGGUAGUUGGUGAUUUGAAUGCUGAAUACUGAAGAUAUUGUUUUGGAUGAACAGGCACUUUGUUGACCUUAGUGGGUCAUGAAGAAGAGGAUUUGGAAUUGUGAAUUCUCGUCGUUACUUUCUACCAUGAGCAGAAUGAGGUUUUGAGGCUUUACAAUGUCGGACCUGGGUUUUGGAUUUCUGGCCCUCUGAAGUGUGUGAUGUACAGAUAGCAGGAUUGCUAUUUGAAACAAUAUUUGAUGGGUCCUUCAACUAUUAUAUCUAAAAAAGGUUUUAAGUGAGGCUUGUACUAGAGAACCCCUUAGAUAGCUUGUCUAUCUUGAUUCUCAAACAAUUGGCAUAGAUAAUGCUAAUGGCAUUAAUGAUGAUAGUCAUGUAUCCUUUCAAGCAUCAUGUGAUGCUGCUGCACUAAAAAUAGUUUUUGAGGCCUUGGAUCUAUCUGAUUCUUCACACAUAUAUGCUUGUUUAGCAUAGCUGGAGCCAAUUGUUAAGGAAAGCUUAAAACUUUCAGGUCAUAGCUAAUUUUUCGUAGUCCGUUCUUUAGGUGAACUAUAUGAAUUAUCCUGGAUGAACCAAUUUUGGCUGGCUUGUAGGACAUGACAGUGAACUGGCAAUAAAUCUUGAGGUUCUUCAUGUAGUUGUCAUGCUUUAUACAGUCUUCUGUCCUCUGCUGUAAGACUCAACUUACAAGAAUCACUAGCAGGGCACUGAAAGGGCAUAUCAAGACCAGCAUGGUGAGCAUUCUACAAAGGGGGUAAAUCAAUAUGAAGCUCUUCUAAAGCCAUGCCAUCAAAGGGCUUUUCUAAGAUCAAGUCAUCAAGAAAUCUUUUCAAGUCAUCAAGAAAUUCUUUUUAAGUCAUCCGGAUUAUUCUAAGGAUUUUUUGGAUUUAAGUGAAGGGCUUUAGGCACCGUCCUCAAAUUCAGUUAUAUACUAUUGGAUAUUUUUCUUCUUAUAACCUGAGCUGAUACAUAUUUCGUCAGUGAAAUUUUUUGUGAAGGCCAACCCUGUUUUUCGGGACAUGAACUGACAUUGCAUGCAUUUUUGGCGACCACAGCUGAUUCCAUUAGGAUGGUUAAGCUAGUAUGGACCAGAGGCACUCAAUUAAUCAAAAUCACAUGUACGAAAUGGAUCGUGUGCAGAUUUGGAACCAUCCACAGCAUGAUCACCAUUUGAACUUUGGAAAUUCUUCUAUGUUUCCAGCAGAAAAUACAGCAACUAAUGGAGCAAACCCAGUCACUUAUUUCAACUCUCAUUUGAGGUCAAAUAACCAUCAAAUGGAAUAUUUUAACUCCCAGGUUCCAGUGCAUGUGCAAACUAAUGAUAUGGUAAUACCUUAUGAUGUAUAUACACAUUUUCCUUGCGGUGGAAGCAUUAGUCAACAUCCACCACAUUCUAUGCAGCAUGGAUUUUCUCAUAACCAAUAUGCAGUGGGGGAUAUAAGGAGGAAUGUCAAUCCCUUAAUUGAAAUGGAGUAUGAAAGAUCACCUUAUAAAAGAAAAUUUCCAGCAAACUUCAUGUUUCCUCAUGGAGAAAACACAAACAGAUAUAAUAGUGCUGGAAGUUCUUCCAACCCAACAAUUUCAACUGAAAUUUCACAGGGAAAACCUCAUGAUUCACAGUGCUGGCCUUGUGAUCCUGUUAGCUUUGAUCAUAGUCAUAGGAGUGAAAAUUCAUCAAAUUCGGGGCAAGGUUCUCAGAGGAAUGUUAGAAGUCGGCAUGAUACUGCCAUUCACUUGGAGAACAUCUCAUCUGGAGUCAGAACAACUACCAACUCAUCUCAUCUAGUUCAAUCAAUUGCAAGUACUUUGAAUGCCAACAUGGGAGCCCAGUGGAUUCACGCUCCAGUAUUUAUAAAUCCUAAUUCAAGAUCUUUUUCUUCAGAAACAAACUCCUUCAGUUAUGAUAUCAACCAUUCUUUUGUAGCAAACCAUGGUACCGCUAACAAUAUGGGCAUUGAUGGAGGCUACAGAUCCAAUCUGCAAUCACACAGUGGUCCCUUGUUGCGUGGUCGGAUGAUGGCUCCAAUUAUCCAUGGUCAAAGAACAGCUUACAGAGUCAAUCCUAGCUACCAGGCUGUAGAUUUAGCAGCAACUUCUCAAAAUACCAGGUUACAGAGAGUGGAAUCCGCCAGGUCCUCAGUGCCUCCAAUGCCAUCAUCAAUAGUUCAUCGGAAUAAUAGGAGAAAUGGAAGAAUGAGUCGUUCUAACAGAUUCCGUUCUUUCUUGAACGAAGAUGCAUCUCGUGUUAGACGGACACCUGAGAGAAUAGUCCUGAUGGAUCACUCUGCCUUGUAUGAUCCAAUGCAUUUUCUUGAUCAACACCGUCAUAUGCGACUGGACACUGACAACAUGAGCUAUGAGGAACUACUUGCUUUGGAGGAGAGUAUAGGCAAUGUGAGUGCCGGUUUAUCUGAAGAUGCUAUCAGGAUGUGCCUGACGGAGACAAUUUUCUGCUCCGAUCAGACGGAAAAUGACCACGAAGAAGAUUGUUGUCCAAUAUGCCUGGAAGUAUAUAAAGAUACAGACACUCUUGGGCAAUUGAACUGCAAGCAUAUUUUCCAUUCCAGUUGUUUAAAGAAAUGGCUGCUGAUUAAGAACAUCUGCCCAAUCUGCAAAGCCUCUGCACUGGAAGACACUUCGAAGUAAAAAAAAAUGAUCACGCAUGAAAAGUUCCCAAUCCUUUCUUGAUAUCUUGUAAAUAUACUGUAUAACACUUUUUUUUAACGCUGAUGAACCAUUCAUUCAGUGUAGGUCCGUAAUUCUUUCAUAGAAAAUGCUUAAUGUUUCUCCUCUCUCGAAA